AUGGUUGAGACGGACAUGUCAGAACCAAAUGAAGACAUCGCCAAUCAAGAAUCUGAGAGCUUAGCGGUGGUCACAGAGGGAGAGCAGAAUGAGAAUAAUGGGCAGCAACCGGAUGCAUCGGAGAAUGCUAAGAAGGAAGUGGUGAUGCCCAAGAAAAGGAAAGAGAUGGAACCAAGAUCAGAGGUCUGGGAUAGUUUCACCAAGAUCGUAGAGGGAGAUGUUUUGAAGAGGGGCAAGUGCAACUACUGUAAACGUGAGCUUAAAUGUGAAACAAAAAUCAAUGGUACAUCUGCCCUAAAUUCUCAUUUAAAGAUAUGCAAGAAGAAUCCUAAUAGGAACAAAGAUGAUAAGCAACCUACUUUGCAAGCUACACGAAAUGAAGGGGAUGGUAGCAAGUGUACACUUACUGCUUGGAGGUUUGAUCCUGAAAUGCUUAGGAAAGCUUUUGCUGAAAUGAUUAUUACAGAUGAGCUCCCUUUUGCAUUUUCUGAGAAAGAAGGGUUUAGAAAGUUUAUGUCCAAGGCAUGCCCACGUUUCAAUGUGCCGUCUAGGAGAACAACUACUAGGGAAGUUGUUAGCAUGUUCAAUGUGCAGAAACAGAAGCUGAAAAAAAUCUUUAAGGAAUCAUGCGAAAGAGUAUGCCUCACCACUGACACAUGGACUUCUGCCCAGAAGCAGAACUAUAUGUGUGUUACAGCACAUUUCAUUGAUGGUGACUGGAAGCUACAAAAGAAGAUAAUUGGGUUUUUCUUAGUGAAGGGACAUAGGGGGGAGGACAUUGGGAAGGACUUGGAGAGAUGCUUAGUAGAUUGGGGGCUUGAUAAAGUUUUCACAAUAACUGUUGACAAUGCUUCUGCUAAUGACGGUGCUAUAAAUUAUAUCAGGAGGGUUAUGAAUAAAGCCAAAAGUAGUAUUGCUGAAGGGAAGUAUUUUCACAUGAGAUGUGCUGCGCAUAUUAUAAACUUGGUGGUUACUGAUGGACUAAAGGAAAUCGACCUUUCAGUGGCACGUGUGCGAGCUGCUGUAAAGUUUGUGAAGAACUCCCCUGCUAGAAUUACAAGGUUUAAGAAAUGUGUUGAACUAGAGAAAGUUAAAAGUAAAGCCUUUUUGUCAUUGGAUGUGCCUACUAGAUGGAACUCAAUAUACCUUAUGUUGAGAGCUGCAGCAACGUAUGAGCAAGUUUUUUAUAGGUAUGCUGAUGAGGACCCGUACUAUGCACUUGAUUUAAAUGGUGAGAAAGGUCCGGGAGUUCCAGAAGCCGCAGAUUGGGAUAAUGCAAGAAAGAUGACAGAAUUUUUGGAACACUUCUACAAGCUUACUGUCCGUGUUUCCGCGUCGCUACACUGUACAGCUCACAUAUUUUUUCAUGAGAUAGCCGAUGUUAUCAUCUUGUUGCGGCAAUGGUGUGAAAGCGAAGAUUCUUUGCGUAAGGACAUGGCUAAGAGGAUGAUAGCUAAGUACAAUAAAUAUUGGGGGGAUCAUAAAAGCUUCAACAUCCUUAUUUUUAUUGCGGUUUCUCUUGAUCCAAGGUACAAGUUGUCAAAUUACAUAAAGAUAGCUAUUCUGGAGAUGUUUGGUGAGACCCAAGGGCAGGUAGUUUGGACUGAAAUAAGUAAGACGCUUCACGAGUUAUUUGAAGAAUAUGGAAAGAUAUAUGCUCCAAGUGAUAAAGUGCAGCCGUCCAAUGUAGCACAAGAACCUGAAGCCCGUGGCACAAGUUUAAUGAAGUCCUUGAUUGCUCAAAAGAUGAGGACGAGCACUUUUGGAAUUACUGCUAGUAAAUCUGAACUUGAGAAGUACCUUUCCGAGGAGAAUGAAGAAGAUGGCAGCAAGUUUGACAUUCGUGAGUGGUGGAAGGUCAAUUCUUCUAGAUUUCCAGUAUUGUCACAUUUGGCCCUUGAUGUUUUAGCAAUUCCUAUAUCUACGGUUGCAUCGGAGUCGGCCUUCAGCACUGGUGGUCGUAUUUUAGAUCCAUUCAGGAGCUCCUUAACUCCAUUUAUGGUCCAAGCACUUGUCUGCACACAAGAUUGGUUGAGGGGAUCUAUUGCUGUAAAUGACGAAGAGGACACUGCAGAAUUAACUAAGCUAGAGGAAGCAUUGCUUGAAGAAAUAAAUGGGCUCAAUAUUUCGAAGAACAACUCCAAUAAGGAUAAUUCGGUCAUCAUGGAUGAUCGUACUUCCUAA